AUGUCCGUUGCGAAAUCUUACCCGUAUCAUCACGAAGGGGUUUUUAUCCCAUAUCUCGAGUACGGAGACGGCCACGACACGCAUGAAUGGAUGCUGGAUCAAAGAACCCUUAAACAAGGGUUGAUAUUGAUUGCUGCGAUUAAAAUAUCUAAGGUGUUCCUUGUCCAAUCUCAAGGAUUAAAGGAAGUUCUCAUUUGUAAAAUCUUAGGUGGUAGAAGCCACCGGAUCCCCCAAGAGAUCCGGAUAUCAACAGCAGACGAUGCGCCGAACUGCGUCCUACCGAGGCCUCGCAUAGUUGGAGGAGAGGAAAGGAUAUGGUUUAACGAAAUGGUGGCUUACCAACGGGUGACAGCAGGGAGAAGAACUGCUUACUCUGCAUACUGCAACGGUGGAACACUGGAAAAAUUGUUGGCAAGAUACCAUGAGCGCCUUGUGCCGGUACCAGAACAUUUCAUUUGGCACGUCGCUCUGAGGCUGAUCGAAGCGAUCCGGUACUUUCAAUACGGUGUAGAGCCAGGCACCGACAUAGAACCAGACAAUUGGACAUACAUUACACACCGCGAUAUGUAUAUGAAUAAUAUAUUUGUCCACUACCUCCCUCCUCCAAAAGGCCCUCGGCCGAAAAUCGGUCUAAAGACCAACGCCUUUCCCGAAAUUGUCGUGGGCGACUUUGGAGAGUCAGCUAUGGAAAAUUAUGAUGAUGACUGGGUAACGCAGGGCGUUUUCAACAUUGCGCCUAAUGAAUGGGAAGAUAUGGUAUUUUUGUUCUGCUGGCCUCUAUUUGGAGAAUAUUCUAUGGGAGAGACCCUUCUACAGUUGGCUCAAGCACACAUAAAUAAUCGAGAAGAUCCCGCUCUUGUUGACAGGCCAAUGGCCCACCCUGUACGGACGGUAAACAAUUUCAUAGUGGCUCCCCACGCUCGUUAUUCAGACGAACUCAUCCAUAUGCUUGAAAGAUUUGAAUAUCCUGGCUAUGACAAUUACGAUUUGGUAGAUGAUGAUAUUCUGGACGAUGACGGCAUAACAAGGCCUCGCUACUAUUGGCUUCCUCUAUUUGGAGAGAUCAUGAGAUGGCUGCCCGUAAUCCGGAGAAAGGUCAAGCGACUUCAAGGCAUUGAAAAUAUUCCACAGGGAUAUUACGAAGGUCUAGAUGUUUCGUGGUCAAGGCCUCGCAGAAUCAUGCCAUAUGAUUAUCUAAGGACAGCAAUGGAAGAAGUGCAUGUGGACCUUCGGAAUCCAGACGACAACGACGACGACAAUUUGAGCCCUAGUAGCGCGGACUCUUCAUUUGUACCAAAAAGACCCCGAGCCGAUACCCCUCCAAACCCGAACCCCUCGCUCACACAACUCGCAGGAAUCGAUAGUAUGCAGGGUUACCAUGUACAACCUUUGCUCUACAAGGUCCCGACCCUGGACCGCAAUGCCAUAGAUCCUCCACCGGCCCCACUACCACCACCGCCUCCGGGAGGCGACUCGGGAGAGGAGUCCGGCGACGAUGGCGACGAUGACGAUGAUGGCGAUGGUGGUUUGGACGACGGCGGUCUUGAGCCAGACCAGGAUGACUCCGGCAACUAUGUACCACCUAGAAAUCUGAGAGUACCACCUAGAGCUCCGAGAGCACCUAGAAGGGUGAGAGCCCAUUAA